AUGGAGUUUGAAGACACAUCAACGUAUCUGAUUGAAGAACAGGUUGAUAAGAUUGAUUCUUUGAAACUACAUCUUGACCAAGAUGACUUGAUCCUUGUCCACCUCAAUGUCAGAUCUUUAAAUGCCAAUUUUGAACGCUUGGAACUCUUUGUUGAUAGACUUUAUGUCAAGCCUGAUGUAAUAAUUUGCACAGAAACUUGGGUAUUCCAAAUAAACAGGGCAGAUGGAGUUGUUAUUUAUGUCAAAGAUUGCUUGACGCAAUCUGCUAUAAUUGAAACUAUUGGGAGUAUUAAAUUUCUCACUGUAACUUUGAAAGUUAAUAAUAAUAAACCUUUCAAAAUAAGUGAUGUCUAUCGUUGCCAUGAUAUUAAUAUCAAGGAUUUCAUACCAACUUUCAAGCUUUUCCUAAAUGGACACUGUCAAACAUCUAGCCAUAUAGUUGUUGGUGAUUUUAAUAUAAACCUGAUUAAAUCUGACGUGCUAGUUGAUAAAUUCAUAAAUAACUUUCUGGAUACGGUAUAUAUUCAGUAUUUCAAUGGAGAAACCAGGCCUAAUGAUAGUGAGAGCUCAUGUAUUGAUAAUUUCUUUGUAAAAUCAUCACAUAAAAACUUUAAAUCUUAUACACUUACUCACAUUUGUACUGAUCACUUUCCAUUAUUUUUGGUGAUAAAACUGCAUAAGGAUUUCAAGAGCAAUAAUGAUCAAAUACCUAUUGAUUAUAAUUUAAUGGGAAAAAUCAGUCGUAAAUUUAAUUGGUCUGAUGUGCUGCAUAUGCAAGAUCCAGAUUGUGCUACAAACGUGCUAAUUCAGAACCUAGCUGAUAUUAUAGAUCAGUUCAGAUGUAAGAGGGAACGGAGUAUACGGGUUUCUAAGCCAAGGAAAAGCUGGAUUACACCAGGUUUGAUCAAGUCGUGUCAGACUAAAGAAACAUUAUAUAGACUAUGGAAUAAAAGUAGGCUAAAUUCUUCUCUAAAAAAGGAGUAUAUGAGAUAUUGUAAAGUUUUGAGUAAGCUCAUUAAAUUAGCUAAAGUUUUAUUUGAUAAAAAUAAUGUUAUUAUCAACUGUAAUGAUAGUAAAAAGCUUUGGAAGUGUAUCAAUAGUAAAAUUGGUAAGGAUAAUUGUAAAGACAGUUCUAUUGACUAUGUUCUUACUGAAAAUGGUAUUAUCUUUGAAAAUUCAGGUAUUGCUAAUAGUUUUGUUAAUUUUUUUACUAAUAUUGGUAUCAACCUUGCUAAUAAAAUUGUAAUGCCAAAUGAAGACUGCCCCACCAAACUUGUUAAUCAUAAUAACAGCUCUAUUUUUCUUAAGCCAACAUCUAGCUUCGAAAUUGAAAAAGUAAUAGCAGGUCUUAAGGUCAAGUCUGGAGGAGUUGAUGGUAUUGGCUGUAAAGUAUUAAAGUUACUAGCAAAAAACAUUAGUACUGUACUUGAAAAUAUUUUUAAUAGCUGUAUAAGUAUAGGGUGUUGGCCUAAAGCACUAAAAACUGCUGAAAUUAUUCCUGUAUAUAAAUCUGGUGACAGACAUCAACUGACUAAUUAUAGACCGAUCUCUUUAAUCUCAAAUGUUGCCAAAGUAUUUGAAAAGAUUGUAUGUAUAAGGCUUAGCGAUUUUCUUGGGGAUAAUCAUGUUAUCUCGGAUAAACAAUUUGGUUUCAUGAAGGAAAGAGGCACAUCCGAUGCACUAGCUUUUGCAUCUGAAUAUAUCUAUAAAAACGUAGAUGUUGGGAGACCAACUAUUCUAACUUCCUAG